AUGGCCAACACAGAACGCACCUUCAUCGCCAUCAAGAUGGAAGGCAUGCAGCACGACCUGGUGGGUGACAUCAUCAAGCACUUUGAGCAGAAGGGAUUCCGCCUUGUGGCUAUGAAAUUCAUGAAGGCCUAUGAGGAGCACACAAAGCAACAUUAUAUUGACCUGAAGGACUGCCUGAGACUGGUGAAGUACAUGAACUCAGGACUGGUUGUGGCCAUGGAACAUCAUUCAUGGCAGUGA